ACGUCCACCUCCACCACCUCACUCUCACUCGCUCGCUCGCGUCCGCCGCACCAACCAGUCCCUCUCUCCCCACGAAUUCCACUGUUCCCUUCCCCUCGCCUCCAUUCCAUUCCUCCUCCCCACCCGUGCCUGCCCCCGAAUCCCAAGAAGACCACUUCCAGCCCAGCACCGCAGCGCCCGUCCAGCAGCACUACUGCAUCAGCACAGCCUUGGAGCGGCCGGCCGAGGGCGCAGCCUUUGACCCGCCACUGUUCAUCAGUCUCACAGUGGUGUGGCGCCAUGGCCAUGGCGGCCGCCGAGGGCUUCGACCAUGCGGCGCCGUCAGGGGUCCCGCUCCCGGCCACCCGGCAGGAGGUCCAGGCCGCCGUCGCCAAGGCCGUCGAGCUGCGCGCGCUCCACGCCGCCCUCCGCCAGCGCGCCGCCGCGCCCAAUGCCGGUGCCCGCUCCAGCGCCAGCCGCAGCCCGGCCACCAUCCGCCUCCCGCCGGUGGUCGCGUCCCCCGCGCGCUCCCGGACAGCGGCCACCGCCGCCGCAGACGAGGACUACCCCGUGUUUACUCCGACUUACGACGAGGAGCCCAUGGCGAUGGCCGCUGGACUCAACGACAUCUGCCAUGACAACCGGAGCCGGUCAGAGAACUGGGGCGGCAUCACCUUGGACCGCGGCGGCGUCGGCGACGACGAGGCCGCCUACUCCGACUACGACGACUGCAUCAACGGCUUCUCCUCCUGCAACAGCGACUUCCACUACGCCCCUUCGUCCAGCGAGAAUCACCUCCGGAGCAGAGGCGUGAACCGGAUCCAUCCGGCCUUUCUGCAGUCCGCGCCGCUGGCCGGCCGUUUCCCGGCCUCGGCCGGGAGGGCGACCUGCGCGGGAGAGUUCAAGAUGCCGCCGUCGUGCGGCGGCGCGUUCCGGCCCGCGACGAUUGGCAGGGACCACGGUCUGAACGACGCGGAAGCUCUGGGGUUCCUCGGCAGCAGCAGCCGAGUGCCAUUUUCAUCCAGCCACCAGCCCCCGCCGUCGGCGCACUCCCGGGCGAAGCAAAGAGGGUCGCAGAUCCUUUCUUGGCUCUUCGCCAAGGGAAAGAAGAAGCCGAAGCUGGAGACGCCGCCGCCGACCACCGCCGUCAUCGAGCGCGGGAACAUGUCGCAGCUCCUCAAGGAGUGGGGGCUGCUGUCGCUGGACUCCCUUAGGAAGGAGCUCGCGGAGGCCAACGCGCACCGGGACGCCGCGCAGGAGGACGCCGCCGAGAUGAGGUCGUCGCUGGGGGAGCUGACCACCAAGAUGAUGAGCCUGGAAGCCUAUUGCUUGGAGCUCAAGAAGGCCCUGCGGCAAGCGACGGACCACAGCGGCGGCGCCGACACGCAGUCCCACUCGCGGCGGUCGUCGUCGAGGUCGAUCGGGGCGAGCCGAGAGCUGCCGGGCAACGGCAUGCCGGUGAGCCACGAGGCCAUGGUGGAAGGCUUCCUGCAGAUCGCCUCCGAGGCGCGCCUCUCCGUGAAGCAGCUCUGCAAGGCGCUGAUCCAGCAGGUGGAGGAGCCGGACAACGGGCUGUCGGACAAGCUGAACCUGCUGCUCCGGCCGCACCAGCUCGCCAUCAUCGCCGGCCGGCACUGCUCCAAGGCGGUGCUGUACCACCUGGAGGCGGUCAUGAACCAGACGCUGUACCAGGACUUCGAGAACCCGAGCUUCCAGCGGAACGGCGCGGCGAGGCACCUGGACCCGGGGCAGGGCCGGCGGGAGAGCUUCGCGUCCUUCGUGGCGCUGCGCAACCUGAGCUGGAGCGAGGUGCUGCGGAAGGGCACCAGGUACUACAGCGAGGACCUCAGCCGGUUCUGCGACCAGAAGAUGAGCUGCGUGGUGGCCGCGCUCAGCUGGUCGUGGCCGUGGCCGGAGCAGCUGCUGCAGUGCUUCUUCGUCGCCACCAAGUGCGUCUGGCUGCUCCACCUGCUCGCCUUCUCCUUCGCGCCGCCGCUGCCCAUCCUGCGGGUCGACGAGGGCCGGGCGUUCGACCAGGCGUACAUGGAGGACAUCCUGCCGGACCGGCGGCAGGCCCAGGACCCGUUGAGGGUGAAGGUCAUGGUGAUGCCGGGGUUCUAUGUCCAAGAUCGAGUGCUCAAGUGCAAGGUCCUCACAACAAAACAGCAAGACCAGUAGGAUAACUGUCUGUCAUGUUCAUUAUGUGUAACUUUGUUUAACAUGUUCAUUGUAUGGCUAGCUAGUGUGGUGUGAGGGUAACUUAAAUGUCAGAAUGCUGAUCCAUCAUGUGUUUGUCAGUAAAUUCAGAGUAGGCAAUUGAGCACCCGAGCACAAGGAAAUGAGUAAUAUAUGUUCCUCCGUUGUU